CAGGCAGGGCGGGGCGCGCCGUCUCCUGGCCUGUCUGGAGGGCGGCAGCGGCAGUGGCGGCAGUGGCGGCAGUGGCGGCGGCACGGCAGGCACCGGCCCGGGGAGCGGCACCAUGAGCGGAUCACAGAACAAUGACAUGAAAAGACAAUUUCUGCUGGAGCGACUGCUGGAUGCAGUGAAACAGUGCCAGAUCCGCUUUGGAGGGAGAAAGGAGAUCGCCUCAGAUUCCGACAGCAGGGUAACCUGUCUGUGUGCCCAGUUUGAGGCCGUCCUGCAGCAUGGCUUGAAGAGGAGUCGAGGAUUAGCACUAACAGCAGCCGCGAUCAAACAGGCAGCAGGCUUCUCCAGCAAAACCGAAACAGCGGGCAAGGCAAUCAUCGUGCGGGACUGGUGGGGGCCAGUGGCACGUGGUGGUGCAGAAAUCCGUGAGCCCGUGUUCUGGUUCUAUGUGAAGGAGGUCCUCAGCAAGCAUGAGCUGCAGCGCUUCUACGCCUUGCGCCACAUCGCCUCGGACGUGGGCCGCGGCCGUGCCUGGCUACGCUGCGCCCUCAAUGAACACUCCCUGGAGCGCUACCUACACAUGCUCCUGGCCGACCACAGCAGGCUCAGCACUUUUUAUGAAGACUGGGCUUUUGUGAUGGAUGAAGAAAGGUCUAGCAUGCUUCCUACCAUGGCAGCUGGUCUGAACUCCAUACUCUUCGCGAUUAACAUCGACAACAAGGAUUUAAACGGGCAGAGUAAGUUUGCUCCCACCGUCUCGGACCUCUUGAAGGAAUCCACGCAGAAUGUGACCUCCCUGCUGAAGGAAUCCACGCAAGGAGUGAGCAGCCUUUUCAGGGAGAUCACGGCAUCCUCGGCUGUCUCCAUCCUCAUCAGGCCUGAGCAGGAGACUGAUCACCUGCCCGUCGUGUCCAAGCACAUCAGUGCCGAUGCCAAGUGUAAAAGGGAGAGGAAGAAGAAAAAGAAGGUGACUAACAUCAUCUCGUUUGAUGACGAGGAAGACGAGCAGAGCUCUGGGGAUGUUUUUAAGAAGAUCCCUGGGGCGGGGGAAAGCUCGGAGGAGAACUCCGACCGCUCCUCGGUCAAUAUCAUGACGGCCUUUGAAAGCCCCUUUGGGCCAAAUUCCAACGGAAGUCAGAGCAGCAACUCAUGGAAAAUCGAUUCUCUGUCUUUGAACGGGGAGUUUGGGUACCAGAAGCUCGAUGUGAAAAGCAUCGAUGAUGAAGACGUGGACGAGAAUGAGGACGACGUGUACGGGAGCACACCUGGAAAGAAGUGCCCGGGCCGCUCGGAGUCGCCGGAGAAGCCGCUAGACGGGGCUGCCUGCCUCUCCCAGAUGCACAGCUGGGCUCCACUGCACGUGCUGCAUGGCGACGCCGAUGUGCUCUUCCCGGUCAGUGGCGUGGGCUCCUACAGCCCUGCAGAUACCCCCCUCGGGAGCCUGGAGAACGGGACAGGACCCGAUGACCACGUCCUUCCAGAGCCUGGACCUCGGUACAGUGUGGAAGCCAGUCCUGCAGGCCAAGGAAGUCCUCUGAGCAGCCUGUUACCUUCUGCCUCGGUGCCAGAGUCCAUGACAAUUAGUGAACUGCGACAGGCCAUCGUGGCCAUGAUGACCAGGAAGGAUGAACUGGAAGAAGAGAACAGGUCACUGCGGAACCUGCUUGACGGUGAGAUGGAGCACUCGGCCGUGCUCCGCCAAGAGGUCGACACCUUGAAACGGAAGGUGGCCGAACAGGAGGAGCGGCACAUCACAAAGAUCCAGGCGUUGGCAAGAGAAAACGAGGUGCUCAAAGUCCAACUGAAGAAAUACGUGGGAGCUGUCCAGAUGCUGAAAAGAGAAGGUCAAACAGCUGAAGUUGUACCAAAUCUUUGGAAUGUCGAUGGAGAAGUUACAGUCACUGACCAGAAGCCGGGAGAAGUUGCCGAGGAACUAGCCAGCUCCUAUGAAAGGAAGCUCAUUGAGGUGGCAGAGAUGCACGGGGAGCUGAUCGAGUUCAAUGAGCGCCUGCACCGGGCCCUGGUGGCCAAGGAAGCCCUCGUGUCCCAGAUGAGGCAGGAGCUCAUCGACCUUCGGGGGCCGGUGCCUGGAGAUUUGAGUCAAACAUCCGAAGACCAGAGUUUGUCAGAUUUUGAAACAUCAAACCGAGCGCUGAUCAACGUCUGGAUCCCGUCAGUGUUUCUCCGGGGCAAGGCCGCCAAUGCGUUCCACGUGUAUCAGGUCUACAUCCGGAUAAAAGACAAUGAGUGGAACGUCUAUCGGCGGUACACGGAGUUCAGGAGUUUGCACCACAAGUUACAGGACAAGUACCCUCAAGUGAGGGCCUACAACUUCCCACCCAAAAAGGCCAUUGGAAACAAGGACGCCAAGUUUGUGGAGGAACGCAGGAAGCAGCUCCAGAACUACCUGCGCAGCGUCAUGAACAAAGUCAUCCAGGUGGUCCCCGAGUUUGCCGCCAGCCCCCAGAAAGAGACCCUGGUCCAGCUGAUGCCCUUCUUUAUUGACGUCACCCCUCCCGGAGAACCGCUGACCAAGAACAGCCGGCCCAAAGUGGCUUCCCGCUUCCCCAAGCUGUCCCGAGGUCACCCCAGGGAGACGCGCAACGUGGAGCCCCAGAGCGGCGACCUCUGACCUCGAUGGCCACCCAGACUCGGGCCCUACGUGCUGCGCCAGCUGCCUCCACCCAGGCCACGGCAGCUGGCCCCUUCCACCUCGGAGGGACAACCCUGUCCCCCCAGUGAACCCCAGAGAGCACACCUUCCCCGCCGGUCCCAUGACACCCUGAUUAAACUGGGCCGUGUGAGAGCAGGGCAGCUCCUCGCUGGACAGACGCAGACAUGUGGGCCCUGCUCUCCCCAGGCCCUGCCCUGGGCCGUGAGGGCCAGCUGUUCCCCUCCCUCCAGCUCGGGGGCCAGCAGGAGGGUGGGCGCUGGAUCGGGCUCGGAGCCCCCUGGUUGAGAUGCACGAGUCUGAUGUCUCAGUUGGUCAGAAGGUUCAUUGAGAAACCCCCUCUUAACUCUUGCCCAUGUGGGAAUUCGAAUGACUGGUUUGGGGUUUUUUUCCCCUGUUUAAUGUAAUUGCCUGCUACAACCUAUGGACGUGAAGGGUUUGGGUGGAGGCUAGUUCCCUACUAUGCACUCCCCACCAGUGGUCAGUAGACACCCUAGUUCUUGCCACCGUGCUCCAGGGAGACAGUCCCGUUAGAGGGAUGUGGAACUGUGGUUCUUGGAGAACUUCCCUACCUCCUUAUGGUUGGUUCUGGAAGGACCAGCCCCUUUAGGAAACCUGAGGCCCCCUAGGCCCAUGUGCACCUGGUCAGGCCAGCCAGCAGCAGCAACCCAGUGACCUGUAUUGGAGAGCUCUGGGCUAUCCAGGAGUCGGUGGCCUUGGCCUCGAAAGCCUAGAGGAGAGCCCUCAGGCUGUUAGAGACUCAGCUCCGGGAAGCAUUCCAGAAGGUUCUGUGGACCUCGGGCUUUCAGACCUGGCCCCGGGGCUCCCAGGCGCUCAGCGUGGCUCUCUGUGAACUUGGACACAAGUGUCCACUCUGCACAGAUCAUGAUCAUCCCCUAAAGACGAGGGUGUGCAACACAGCCUCUGUCAGCCAGCAUGUUCUCAGCGGGAGCAGGGCCCUGUGUGCCCGAGACCAAUCCCUCUGCCCCUCCCAUUCAGAGCGGGGGCCCCCCCUGGCAGCUCGCCCCAUGGGACCAGAGCCAUUUAGCCAGCUUUAACAUCCAGAAUCAUGGAACUCUCUCCCACCCUGGGCAAGAACCAUCCUCAGCUGCUGAUACAAAAAGAGGCGUUUUCUGGGGACAACAGCCGGUAUGAAUGUGUGUGAAAGAUGGUCGGUAGAAGGCUGACCACUCGUCAGCUUACAACUGGGUGAGCGGUGUGGGUAAUCACUGAGGAUUUCCUAGAUAGCGGAAAACUCAGGAAGGAAUGACCUGGAAGGUUUGUGUUGCGUGUUCCUCCCAUCAGCCAAAAGGAAACUCAUCAGAGCCGUUAAGCAGAGCUGAGAUCAUCUACGCACAGCCCUCCAGAGGCUCGGAGGAGGCCCGAGUGACUUCUGAGGGAACAUUCUGCCAGGUGAGCCAGGUCCAGGUGAGCGAAACAAGCCGGCUGUUCUCCGCAGAUGGAGUGGGGAGUGUCUGGGGGCCCUGCUGUCAGCUCGUGGGGGUCAGAGGACCCGAGGGACCCUGUGUCCUAGAAAGGCAACGUGGUUUCUCUCUUCCGCGUGUGUGCCGACGGAGCCACUGCACGUGCACUUUGUUGGAAUCCCGAGUCCCACAGCGCUGCCUUCAACACAGAGCCCUCCUCGACCAGAUCCUCCAGGACUGUCUGGAAGCUCCAGCUGCCCCAGAUCCCAGCCCCCCGCAUUUGGGUCCCUCCACAGCAGUCAGUUUGACACCAGCUGACAGGCUGCACAGUCUGAUCUGUUCCCAAGGUGUCUCCUCUCCGGCUGUACCAGAUCCAGAAUGGAACCACUGCCCCGACACCCCCCAGGGCCAAGGGUUCCGAUCAGCCAGCCUUUUCUGGCGCCUGACCCGAACACAUCUGAGUGCGAGUCUGGUCUCGCCUUCUCCAGCCGCCCCACCAGGAGCCAGCUUUGACAUUCUGUGCACGGAGUUUAAAAAAAAGAGCCAAAAAAAAAAAAAGGCAUCCAUAGCUACGGCGGACAGAUGCUGAGCUGGGAGAUACAAAUGCACUCGCAGCCCGUAUUUAAAAAGGAGAAACUCUGCCUCCCCAUUUUUUUUUUUUUUUUUUUUCUUUCUGUACGCGGGCCUCUCACUGUUAUAGCCUCUCCCGCUGCGGAGCACAGGCUCCGGACACACAGGCUCAGCGGCCACGGCUCACGGGCCCAGCCGCUCCGCGGCAUGUGGGAUCUUCCCGGGACCGGGAUACGAACCCGUAUCCCCUGCAUCGGCAGGCGGACUCUCAACCACUGCGCCACCAGGGAAGCCCUGCCUCCCCAUUUUUUAAAGCUUAAUUAUUCAUGGAAAACUUGCCCUGUUCUCCCAAAAUGUGGAUUGUAAAAAGCAUGUUCCUGGGGGCCCCACGGGGACCCUCCAGGCUGCUUGCUCUCUGUACCUCCGUUUUCGUGAUCCUGCAGAAACCCUGAUCUUCAAUUGCUUUGAUUUCAGCUCAGACAUGCAUGUGACAUGCACAUUACAGCACCUCCUCAAAGCCUUAACUUUGGAAUCACAUGGAAUGUUCUGCAGUGAUUAGUCCAUCCAGCUGCUCAAAAUACUCCUGCCCUGCUCUCCAGGGUGGCGGGAUGGACUUAGAAGGGGCAGACUCCCCAGCUCCUAGAGAAGGAAUAAAACACCGAGGUCCAGGCAGAGAUCCGGGACAAAUGCCAGCCCCUGAGGAUGUGUCAUCAUCUGCCCAUCAAUCCACCUCCAAUUCAGAGGGUGGGAAAUGCCCUGGGACCCAUCGCGGGGAAAGACAGCCCUUCAGAAAGGAGCAGUUGGCAUUGCUUCUCUCUCCUCGAUCAAAUUAGAAGAUUGUUUGGAGCCUCCAAAGUCGGCGUCUGAGAGAGGAAGCCGCCCCCCAUUCUGAAAGGAACUGAAGGGCCCGUCUCUCCAGACGGCCUUGACCCUCUGGUACCCCACCUGUACGGGGAGGGAGAGGCCCCUCCAGGUCCCCUCUGCACAGCCAGGCUGUCUGCUCAGGGGCGGCUUCAGCCAGAAUGGGCCGCGGCAUCAGCCGGGUCCAUCUCUGCCAUCUUAUUUGCUCCCUCCUUUUCCCCGAGAUAAAGGAGACCCAGGAAAAGCAGGGCUGGGUAGAGACAUCUCUCCUUAAUAGAGAAAACCAAAGCUCCCAGAAGGGCGGUCCGAGGCUGAUGGAAACCUCGCCCAGAAGCGAGCUUUCCCAGCUCCCGCCGCAGCUGGUCUGGAAUCCUGGCUUGAAACAGCCCAGCCUCUCUCCACAGUCAGGCCCUGGGCGAGGCGGCGGCUUUCCUGGAAAAGGCUCUUAAAGCCCACGGUGGUCACCAGGCCCAUCCAAGGGCUUCCUGGCUACAAAAGGCAUCACCUGAUUGAGCUGUAGAGACAGUACCAUCUUGGGAGACCUGGCAAGGGCGUGAAGGGUGAGGCGGAGGGACGCGGACCAGUGUUUGUGGACAAGGUCUGGUCACACAGCAUGGGGCCUACUGAGAUGUGUUCUUUGAUAACCGCUGGACUUUACGGGCUGUGCUGUGCCUUUAAAACAACAGAGGCAAUCAGAGCUGUUUAAGUCUGUCCCUGGGAUUGAUAACACAGAUGCAGCUACUGCCCAGAGGCAGCAGGCACUGGAGGCCCAAGAAUUAAUCCCCAGGUUCUGGGCUCAGAAUCAGGAAACAGGAAUGAAGACCCACCCGCCAGCCCAGUUGAUCCGAAGCACUCCUAACACCCUGAACUAGGGCUCUGCGGCCCGGGCGAGCCGGUGGCCUGCCCUCCUCUUUUUCUCCUAUUUCCUCAGGACACAGUUUGCCCACUGGAGGACCAGGUCACAGGGUUUCAGGCCUUGGCCCCCCACACCACCUGCUCACCCUCACAGGGGGUGCCACCAGCUGGCCCCCUCACCUGGAGGCCAGGCCCUGACCUCGGGCCCCGGCAGACCUCCCCUAACCGGUCACGCCUGGCAUCCUUCAUCCCUCAGUCUGAAGUUGGUACCAGCGCCCAUUCAUGGGAGGUGCUCUCCCCCAAAGGGGCCACCUUGCCUGGCGUGUCACUGACAGUAAAGAACAGGCUGGAUUCUCAGCCUCAAGCUGCGUGGACAUCCCCCAGGACCUGCAGAGAAGGACCCUGCCUGGGAGCAUCAGAUCGGCUAAGAGGCACCCUAGAAGGAGCACGCCCUGCUCGAGCUUCAACCCCAAAGGCAAUAACUAUCUUGACCCUGUCUCGGUGUUUCCCUUGGGACGCUGCCACCCACACUGGACCUUCCCCCAGGCUGGGCGCACCUGGCACGCAGGCAUCUGCUCACGAGCAAGGCCUUUUGCAACGAUCAUUUUUCACAAUAUUGUGUAUUUCAUUAAAGCUAACAUUAAAUGUUUGCUGUUCAGAUUGGCUUCUGUGCUAAUUUUGCACAACUGUAGCACUGUAUAUUUUAUCUAACAUUCCCAUGCCAAAAAAUUCAUUUUUCAUGUUUCCCUAAAAGGUGGUCUUGAUUACGUUUCCAAAAUAAAACUUCGGCUACUGGAUCGAUAGAAGUGAGGGUGGAGCCUUGCCGAUCUCCGUGCUCUGAGCAGAGCAGCUGUGGGCUCAUCCCACAGUGACUGAAACGCCCCUGCCCAGUUCGUGGCGGGAUUUCUGACCUUCCCUUCCGCCAUGCCCAUUGCCUGGAUGGGUAGUUCUCAAGUCUGUUAAGGAGCCCUCACUUUCAUCUCUGAAUCCUAAUAACCACAUUAAAUGGGUUUCCUUAUCUACCCAAUCAGUUUAGGAAGAGAAGUGGAAAGAAAAAUCUGGUUUCUCUAAAAGAUGGUUGAGGCUAUAGCAAGGAUGAGCGACCCCACUCUAAGGACAAGCUGGACCCAUGAGUGUUUCGAGGUCCAGGGAUUCAGUUCUUACUGGCACAUAAAUGUUUUGCCAUCAUCACUGAAAACCACUAGCUGACCCACCCAGGCUCCCCGCCUGCCCUCGAAUCCCAUCAGGUCUGCCUCCUGCUUUCAUGAACUGCAAGGGAAGAAGCCAUGCACCUCCGACGAUUCUUUCCACCAUCACCUGAGACCAUACAAGGGGACGCCCUUGCAAAAACUGGGACUGAGGACAUGGAAGGUUACAAAAUGGGGGAUCACACGUUUGCACCCAGAGUUGCUAGCACCUGAGCUGGAGAACAGGCAUAGCCAGGAGUGAGGGGGUGCUGGAUUUUUUAUUAUCUAGGAUUCAUCCUAGAAAGAAUGUCUCUGCCUCUGCAGCCUUAGUGGCACCAUCCCUGGCAUCGCCAUUUGGUAGAACACUUUGCUUAACUCAUCAGAUGCUGACUUCUUGGAGGAGGGAGUCUUUUGACUACACGUGCCAUGGUGACCCAGCCGGAGUCACCCACGAUCGGGUCCCAGUGAGCCAUCUGUCGCAGGGAACAAGGCGACAAAUCUAGAGUCUAGCGUCUGGAUGUGAGGCCUAGAAGCCCGCGGAUUCGCUCUGAAACACAUAGUAUUAUCUUAACUACCCUGUUCUGUUAAGGUUUACACAAUAGAAUUUUUAAACAAAUGUGUUUAAUUUUCUAAAAUCUCUUGUAUUAAAAUUUUCUUUUGGAAUAAGCUGUGGUAAUUUUGUUACAAGCUGGUUAAGACACACCUCUUUACAACUGACAACAUUAAAACAGUGACAUUUUCUAAAUUAGA